UAUAAUUAACGCGUGGGAUGUCGGGCAUUACAUGCGAGACGCCCGUGCUGCUUGCUUGUCACAAUGCUGUUAUUGAGUUUUUGUUUUUGCUUAACUAUCGCCUCUUCUCUGGGCGCAGAGUUCACAUUGAUCGGCGAAUGUCCAGAUGUGAAAAUACAAGAGAAUCUUGAUUAUACUAAGUUUUCAGGAGAAUGGUUCAACGUAGCUAGUUACGCCAGCGAUGGCCGAAACACCUACGACUGUGCUUCUUUGGAUUUCCAAGAAGAUAAUCUUGGAUACACUCUGCGGGAGACAUACGUGGACAUAGAUCAAGGCAAUAGGACUCAGAAGUCAUAUUUUGCAAGAGUCGAUCCCACUUUUGAUGCUGGAAACAAAGCUCAGUUCAUCGUUAGCCAUGAAGAUGGAGAUAAAGUGCUACAGUUUCCCUUCUUCAUUCUAUCCACGGAUUACGAUGGCUAUGCCAUUGCGUACACCUGCAAGACGUUGAAAAAGAAGUUAAGAACUCACUAUGUGUUCACCUGGGUGCUGUCAAGAAACAAAGAAAAGCUGCAGGGAGAAAAACUGAAGAACAUCGAGGAUGCCCUGUCAAAGUAUUCCGAACUGGCUGAGCAUAGGCAGUCCUUUGUGCUAAAGGACUUCUCUGAAGCCACCUGCGCCUAUACAAAUAAAUACGAAGUUGAUUUCUUUACAAGCAACUUUUGGUGAAUCGUAUAAUUUAUCGAUGUAACUUGUGACCACAAUAUUAAAAUCACAUUGUUGAUUUUUCUUUUAA